CAUUUAAGAAUAAGUCAUGAGCCAGAUGUAUUAUUUAUUAAAUAAUUGAUUUGUUUUACAUGUUGAGUGUGUAAAGUCAGUUAAGAUCCUGAACUUCUGUAUGUAUGAAUCACGUUCAGCAACCUACAAAAUAAUGCAACAAGAAGCGCCUAAGAAUCGUCAAAUACUGAAAAUGCCAAAUCCCUACAAAGUGCUUGCUACCCCAUUCUUGGAACAUGAUUUUUGUCAAAAGACUCUGCCAGCUCACACAUGCAUGAGAAUAGCUAAGGCAAUAUUUUUGGGAGAUGUAGCAGUAGGAAAAACGUGCAUUAUUAAUCGGUUCUGUCAUAAUGCUUAUGACAAUGACUACAAGACAACCAUUGGAGUGGACUUUGAGGUGGAAAGGUUUGACAUUUUGAACACUCCAUUCAGUCUGCAAAUAUGGGAUACGGCUGGUCAGGAAAGGUUCAGAAGCAUCGCGUCAUCAUAUUACAGAGGAGCCCACAUAUUGGUGCUGGUGUUUGACUUCACCUCAGUGCGGACUUUGUUCAGCUGUGCCUCUUGGCUCAGAGACGCUAUGAGAGUGAACCCUCAAGCUCCCCUUGUCUUCUUACUGGGCAAUAAGAUGGAUCUUGUGUCGCAGGCAAGCCGGUGUGAGAUGGAGAAGAUAGCCAUAAAGACGGCCACUCAGCUCGGCGCAGAGUUUUGGCCAGUCUCUGCGCGGACAGGGGAGAACAUUGAGGAAGUUUUCCGCAGAAUGGCUGCCCUCGCCUACCACAGGAUCCUGUGUAUUGAGGAGGAGAGGAAGAUCAACAUAAUGACUAUUGGCAAUAUUGAUGGACCGAGGAAACUGACCAAUAAAGUGCUGAAGAAGAAGAAGAGUGCCUGCAUUGACUGCUACACCUGAUGAUGCUACAUUCAUGUCUCAAUGCCCACCUAGUCUAGUCGUGUAAUGUUCUUUCAGUACAAACUGUUCUGCCUAGAAUUAAGAUAAACAAAUUUUAAAAGUAAAUGUAUUACAUAUUACGUAUAGUGUUUUUAAUGAGAAAAAAUAAA